UUAGCCUCCGCUCCAGAAAGCCUCUUUUCUGCCAAGACCAUGAAGCUCUGCGUGACUGCCCUCUCUCUGCUCAUGCUCCUGGCUGCCUUCUGCUCUCCAGCACUCUCAGCACCAAUAGGCUCAGACCCUCCUACAGCCUGCUGCUUCUCUUACUUCCCACGGAAACUUAAUAGGGACAUUGUGGUGGAUUACUUUGAUACCAGCAGCCUCUGCUCCCAGCCAGCUGUGGUGUUCCUGACCAGAAAGGGCAAGCAAAUCUGCACCAACUCCAGCGAGCCCUGGGUCCAGGAGUAUGUGAAUUCCCUGGAACUGAAAUGAGCCUUUCUGGCUGGAGAUGGAGGGUCUCAGGGAAAGUCACCUGAGCCUGAGGCUGUCAGCAAGAUGCCCUCCAGCCUGUAGUUGUCCUUCCUUCUCUUAAUUUAAUCUCCAUUGUGUGUUGUGUUAUUCUGUUGGGUGCUCUUUCCCUAAUUUAUAUUCAUUUUGCCAAAGGACAGAUGUCCCCCAAGGGGAUGGUCCAUUGUCACUGUUUCUCUGCUACAGAGGA